AUGGCCGCGCCGAUAAGCAGCAGUAUUCCUAGCAGAGCGGAUAUUGAGAGUGCUCUAGCACAGAUUAGCAGUGCUCUACACGCCUCAUUCCGUCCACUUCCCAGUCAGACAGGUGAUAAUACCUAUCUGCCAGAUAAGACAGCAAAAGCAAGUGUGCUCUCCGGUGUGAAACAUCUCAGUGUUCGCAAUAUGCACACUUUGAAAGAUAUGCUUCUAGAGGGCUUGGAAGGUGGUCUUGUCGACGACAGGACGUACAUUAUGGAAAGGGUAAUUCAACUGGCUGCGGAACUACCCCUCGAAUCAAAGGCUGGUAUUGGCUUGACAAAUGGCUUUUUGACAAAGUUGUGGAAUGACUUAGGCCAUCCUCCAAUCUCUGGCCUUGGGCCCGACCAGCAGUAUCGCAACGCAGACGGAUCGAACAAUAACCUCUUGUAUCCCCGUCUUGGAGCUGCAGGCAGUCCAUACGCACGUACUGUGCGCCCUGAAACAAUGCAGCCUAUUGGCCUGCCGGAUCCCGGUGUCGUGUUCGACAGCGUGAUGGCAAGGAAAUCCUUCAAGCCUCACCCUAACAAGAUCUCAAGCGUACUAUUCCACCUGGCCUCGAUCAUUAUCCACGACCUCUUCAAGACUAGUCACAAAGACCCCAGCAGUACUAACACAUCAUCCUAUCUGGACCUUGCUCCGCUCUACGGUAGUAACCAAGAAGAACAGAACCUAAUGCGAACGUUCAAGGAUGGCAAAAUUAAACCCGACACCUUCUCGGAGAAACGGCUUCAUGGCUUCCCGCCUGGAGUAGGUGUUUUGGUUAUAAUGUUCAACAGAUUUCACAAUUAUACAGUGGAACAACUAGCACUGAUCAACGAGAAUGGACGUUUCACCAAGCCAAUAGACUCUUCAAAAGAGGACGAAUGGGCUAGGUAUGACGACAACCUCUUUCAAACAGGCAGACUGAUUACGUGUGGCCUUUACGUAAACAUCAUCCUCAAGGACUAUGUGAGAACCAUACUUAAUCUCAACCGCACCGCCAGUUCUUGGAGCCUUGAUCCACGCUCUAAAAAUGGCAAAAGCCUUCUCAAUGGCGGCGCUGCAGAAGCAGUGGGUAAUCAAGUCUCUGCAGAAUUUAAUCUUGUCUACCGAUGGCACUCGUGCCUUUCGCAGCGCGACGAGAAGUGGUCCGAAGACCUUUUCGGCCAAAUGUUUCCCGGCAAAGACUCUGCGCAGGUGAGUACGGACGACUUCAUUAGGGUCAUGGGUGAGUGGGAGCGGAAAUUACCACGAGACCCUAUCGAACGACCUUUCGCCAAAUUGCAACGGUGCUCCAACGGUAGAUAUAAGGAUGAAGAUCUUGCUGCCAUCUUUGUGGAGGGUGUGGAUGACUGCGCCGGCGCUUUCGGGGCGAACCACGUCCCCACGGUUCUUCGAGCUGUUGAGGUCCUGGGCAUUCAGCAAGCUAGAUCCUGGAAUCUUGCUAGCUUGAACGAAUUCCGACGGCAUUUCAACUUGGCGCCUCACAAGACUUUCGAGGAGAUCAAUCCGGAUCCAGUGGUGGCAGAACAACUGAAAAGAUUGUAUGAUCAUCCCAACGCUGUCGAGAUCUAUCCUGGGGUUGUCGUCGAAGAAGCCAAGGAACCAGUCAAACCAGGCAGUGGACUGUGUACUACUUACACCAUAUCGAGAGCAAUAUUGUCCGAUGCUGUGGCUCUUGUCAGAGGCGAUCGUUUCUACACAAUCGACUACACUCCAAAGCAGCUGACUAACUUUGGCUUCUCACUUGUGGAUUACGACCUCAAUGUGGACUUCGGGUGCGUUUUCUAUAAACUGAUUCUGCGGGCACUGCCACGCAGUUUCCGUCAAGACUCGAUCUAUGCCCAUUAUCCACUGGUCAUACCUGCCGAAAACCACGACAUUCUCUCGGACCUAGGUCAAGUGGGGGACUACUCGUUCGACAAGCCUGCAUCCACACCGGAUUUGGUUAUUGUCUCUUCAUAUCCUACGUGCAGAUCAAUUCUAGAGAACAAUACUGACUUCAAAGUUGUUUGGGGUGAAGCAAUCGAAUUCUUGAUGCACGACGCUGUUGCCGGAAAAUCUUAUGGUUCAGAUUACAUGCUUUCGGGUGAUUGCCCAAGAAAUGCUCGUUCUCGAAACCUGAUGGAAUCCGCCAUGUACCCAAUGAACUGGGAACAGGACCUAAGCAAAUUUUUUGAGCAAAUCACGCUGAAGUUGUUGCAUCGAAAUGCUUACAAAAUCGCCAACGAAAAUCAGGUUGAUAUUGUCAGAGACAUCUCGAAUCUUGCACAGGUCCAUUUUGCGUCCAUCAUGUUCUCAUUGCCUCUGAAGACCGACGAGAACCCCCGGGGUCUUUUCGCAGAAACAGAACUAUAUCUGCUUAUUGCAGUCAUGUUCGCGAGCGUCUUCUACGACGUAGACCCUGCGAAUUCAUUUCCGCUAAAACGAGCGGCAAGGAGCGCUGCGCAAAAGCUCGGAAAGCUCAUGGAAGUGAAAGUACGUUUCAUCGAGAAAGCAGGUUUUCUUCAAAACCUGCUCGAAUCAUUCUACCGCCAUAACUCCUUGUCAGACUACGGCACUCGCAUGAUUCAACGUCUUUUGGCUAGUGGCAUUCCUGCAAAGGAGUUAGCUUGGACCCAUAUUCUACCUACGGUAGGCGCUAUAGUCGCAAAUCAGUCUCAACUGUUUUGUCAGUGUCUCGACUAUUAUCUCUCGGAUGAAGGCAGUAUGCUCCUGCCAGAGAUCAACAGGCUAUCUAAGGUGAACACGGUGGAAGCCGAUGAUCUCCUACUCCACUACUUCAUGGAAGGCUCCAGGAUGAGAUCUACUGCCGGUCUAUCUCGCGAAGCUACAAGCUCGACAGAGAUUCUAGAUGGAAACACGAGGGUCCAAAUCGAGAAGGGUCAGCGCGUGUUGUGUAGCCUGGUUGGGGCUUCCAUGGAUCCGGCCAUCUUCUCCAAUCCUCAUGAGGUUGUGUUGGAUCGCGAUCUGAACCUCUACAUUCACUAUGGAAUUGGACCUCAUCAGUGCCUAGGUUAUGGUCUGAGCAAGGUCGCAAUGACCGCAAUGCUGAAGACAAUCGGUCAACUUGACAACCUGCGGCGAGCUCCUGGUCCGCAAGGCGAGACCAAGAAGGUUGCUAGUCCACACGGCUUUACCAAGUACAUGACCGCGGAUCAAAGUAGUUACGUCCCUUUUCCAGCAACGAUGAAGGUUAGGUGGGACGGAGAGCUGCCGCCUCUGGCGAAGUAG